AUGGGGGUCCCGCCCCCCCGGGCCCCCCUGGCCAACGCCUCCGCCCUGCUGCGCGUCCGCUACGCCCCCCAGGAGCUGCGGGUGGAGGUGGCACCGGCCGCCCCGGCCAUCGAGGGCCGGGAGGUGACGCUGAGCUGCCGGGCGGCCGCCAACCCCCCGCCCCACGGCUACCGCUGGACCCACAACGGGCGGCCGCUGCCCCACGGCGAGGCCCAGCUCCGCCUGGCGCCCGUCCGGCCCCGCCACGCCGGCACCUACGGCUGCGAGGCCACCAACGCCGUGGGCACCGCCGCCUCCGACGGCCUCCUCCUCGACGUCCGCUACGCCCCGCAGGACCUGCGCCUGGAGGCCUCGCCCCCCGCCCCGGCCAUCGAAGGCCGGGAGGUGACGCUGAGCUGCCGGGGGGCCGCCAACCCCCCGCCCCACAGCUACCUGUGGACCCUCGACGGGCAGCUGCUGCUCCACGGCGAGGCCCAGCUCCGCCUGGCCUCCGUCCAGACCCACAACGCCGGCACCUACCGCUGCGAGGCCACCAACGCCGUGGGCACCGCCGCCUCCGAAGGCCUCUUCCUCGACGUCUACUACCCUCCCCGCGGGGCCUCCCUGCAGGCCCUGUCCCCGCUGCCGGCCCUCUCGGGCACCCGGGUGACGCUGCGCUGCGCCGUGGGGCCCGCCCGGCCCCCCGCCCUCCCCGCCGUCCUCUGGCUCCGCGACGGCCGCCCGGACCCCGCCGCCCCCCCCGGCCCCACGUGGGCCUUCGCGGCCGCCCCGGAGCGCGCCGGCACCUACAGCUGCGAGGCCCGAAACGCCGCCGGGGCCGCCCGCUCCCCCCCGCUGCCCCUCGACGUCUGGGUGCCCCCCCAGGCCGUGCGGGUGGAGCAGCGGCCCGGGGGCCCCGUGGCGGCGGGGGAGCCCGUGGGGCUGCGUUGCGCCUGGGGGGGGGCCCGGCCCCCCGUCGCCGCCGUCGCCUGGCUCAAAGAUGGCCGCCCGCUGCCCGCCGCCGGCCCCCACCUCCGCCUGCCCCCCGCCCGCCCCCCCGACGCCGGCGCCUACGUCUGCGAGGCCCGAAACGCCGCCGGGGCCGCCCGCAGCCCCCCCGCCCUGCUCCAGGUCCUCUACGGGCCGCGGCAGGUGGAGCUGGUGCCGGAGCCGGGCCCGGUGGUGCCGGAGGCGGCCGACGUCUCGCUGCGGUGCCGAGCGGCCGCGUGGCCCCGGCCCGGCGCCUUCGAGUGGUUCCGCGACGGGCGGCCGCUGGGCCGGGGCCCCGGAGACCUCUGGGUGCUGCGCGCCGUCGGGGCCCAGGCGUCCGGGCGCUACCGCUGCCGCGCCACCAACGCCGUCGCCUCCGCCGACUCGCCCGACGUCCCCAUCACCGUCUACUACUCGACCGCCACCAUCUUGCGGAGAACCUUCCUGGGCCUCGGCGUGGGGCUGGGCUCCCUCCUGCUGCUGGGCGCCCUUGGGUGCUGCCUGCGCCGCCGGUGGCGGCGGGUGGCGGCGGACGAGGAGCCGGUCGUGGAGCCGCCGGGGACCUUCUUCCUCCGCAACAAGAAGCCCCGGACGCCUGGAUCCGCCGUGGGCCCCGCCGACGCCACCCUGAGCUACUCGUCGCUGCUCUUCCCGCCCGGGCGCCCGGCGGGGACCGGGGCCAGGCUGCGCGGGGACGCCGUGGUCUACAGCGUCCUCAAGAGGGGCCAGGGGGACGCCAAGGCCGCCGAGGGUCCCGACUACGAGAACGUGGGACGCGGGGACGGACGCGGGGACGGGGACGGGGACGGGGACGGGGACGGGGACGGGGAGGGGACCCUGCUCUACGCCGCCCUGGCCCUGUCCCCCCCGGGGACCCCGCGGGGACGCGGGGGGGACGCUGGGGACGCCGAGGACGCCGUGGAGUACGUGGCCCUGCGCCACUGAGGGACAUGGGGACACGGGGGGACA